AUGUUCGUUCUCAAGCGUGAUGGACGCAAGGAACGCGUGCAGUUUGACAAGAUCACAGCACGAGUGUCGAGGCUAUGUUAUGGCCUCGACCCAGACCAUGUUGACCCGGCCGCCAUCACAAUGAAGGUCAUUUCUGGUGUCUACCAGGGUGUCAACACCGUCCAGCUCGACGACUUGGCCGCUGAGACAGCCGCCUACAUGACCACCACACAUCCCGACUACGCCAUCCUCGCUGCGCGUAUCGCCGUGUCAAAUCUUCACAAGCAGACAAAGAAGCAAUUUUCUCUUGUUGUAGAUGAUCUGUACAACUAUGUCAACCCCAAGAACGGCAAGAGCCAACCCAUGAUCUCCGAUCACAUCUACAAGGUCAUAAUGGAUCACGCCGACGAGCUCAACUCGGCUAUCGUGUACGACCGCGACUUCAACUACCAGUUCUUCGGUUUCAAGACGCUCGAGCGUUCAUAUCUCCUCCGCAUAAAUGGCAAGGUUGCCGAGCGCCCACAACACAUGCUCAUGCGUGUUGCUGUUGGCAUUCACGGCGAGGACAUCGAGAAGGCCAUCGAAACCUACGACUACAUGUCGCAAAAGUACUUUACACACGCCUCACCCACGCUGUUCAACGCGGGCACACCCUCACCACAAAUGUCGUCAUGCUUCCUCAUCGACAUGAAGGAGGACAGCAUCGACGGUAUCUACGACACACUCAAGACCUGUGCAUUAAUUUCCAAGACCGCUGGCGGUAUUGGUCUUAACGUGCACCGCAUUCGUGCUACUGGCUCAUACAUCGGUGGCACCAACGGAACAUCCAACGGUCUCAUUCCUAUGCUCCGUGUAUACAACAACACUGCUCGCUAUGUCGACCAAGGUGGCAACAAGCGUCCAGGUGCCUUUGCUAUCUACCUUGAGCCAUGGCACGCUGACGUCUUUGGCUUCCUCGACCUACGCAAGAACCACGGCAAAGAGGAAGUCCGCGCUCGCGAUCUCUUCUACGCUCUGUGGAUUCCUGACCUCUUCAUGAAGCGUGUCCAAGACAAUGGCAACUGGACACUCAUGUGCCCCAAUGAGUGCCCCGGUCUCGCCGAUGUCUACGGUGACGAGUUCGAAGCUCUGUACGAGAGCUACGAGAAGCAGAACAAGGGUCGCGAGACUGUCCGUGCCCAGAAGCUUUGGUAUGCCAUCCUCGAGGCUCAAACCGAGACUGGUAACCCCUUCAUGCUCUACAAGGACGCUUGCAACCGCAAGAGCAACCAGAAGAACCUUGGUACCAUCCGCAGCUCUAACCUGUGCACUGAGAUUGUCGAGUACACCGCUCCCGAUGAGGUCGCCGUUUGCAACUUGGCUUCUCUUGCCCUGCCUUCUUUCGUUGACUACAAGCGUGGCGAGUUUGACUUCAAGAAGCUCCAUGAAGUCACACAGGUCGUCACCCGCAACCUGAACAAGAUCAUUGAGGUCAACCACUACCCUGUUGAAGAGGCACGCCGCAGCAACUUCCGCCACCGACCCAUUGGUAUGGGUGUUCAGGGUCUUGCUGAUGCCUUCCUUGCGCUCCGCCUUCCUUUCGAGUCAAACGAAGCAAAGAAGCUCAACAUCCAGAUCUUUGAGACCAUCUACCACGCUGCUCUCACUUCCUCAUGCGACAUCGCAAAGGAACUUGGUCCCUACAAGACCUACGAGGGAUCUCCCGUAUCUCAGGGUAUCCUCCAAUACGAUAUGUGGGAUGUCACACCUACUGACCUUUGGGACUGGGCGUCUCUGAAGGAGAAGAUUGCUGAGCACGGUGUUCGCAACUCAUUGCUCAUCGCGCCCAUGCCUACUGCCUCCACCUCACAAAUUCUGGGCAAUAACGAGUGCUUCGAGCCAUACACCUCCAACAUCUACUCUCGCCGUGUCCUCGCUGGUGAGUUCCAGGUCGUAAACCCAUGGUUGCUCAAGGACCUGGUCGACAUGGGUCUGUGGUCUGAGAACAUGAAGAACCGCAUCAUCGCCGACGGCGGUUCAAUCGCCAGAAUUCCCAACAUCCCUGAGGAGACAAAGACCCUCUACAAGACCGUGUGGGAGAUCUCACAGCGAAGGAUCAUUGAGAUGGCUGCCGAUCGUGGUGCUUUCAUUGACCAGUCCCAGUCACUCAACAUCCACAUGAAGGAGCCUACCAUGGGCAAGAUCACCUCUAUGCACUUUGCUGGCUGGAAGGCUGGUCUCAAGACUGGCAUGUACUAUCUCCGUACUAUGGCUGCCUCGGCUCCUAUUCAAUUCACUGUCGACCAGGAGGCCCUCAAGGUUGCAGACACCAACAUCGCCAAAGCCCUACCCAAGGUACGAAAGCAACCGGGAUUCCAGCCUGAGGCUAUUCGACACUCACCUGUUACCGCUUCGCAAACCCCGUCAUCAGCGCCCCGCCCAAUGUACGCCAUCAAGCCCACCAACGGCGAGACUAACGGCGAGACUGAGCAAAACGGUGUUUCUACACCAAUUGCUAUCCCACCAGUAACUUCAGAGAACCGCAACGCUCUCGCAAGCAAGCCGUUCAAGGCUGAUGUGGAGGAGGGCGACAGCCCGAAGAUGGUUGCUGCCGAUGCUGUCUCCAAGCCAGAUGAGGAGGUGACCAAGAAGGACAAGCAGGAAGAGGACUCAAAGGAUGACAGCGAGGCACGAGAUGGCGAUAUCUACGCCGAUGCCGUCCUUGCUUGCUCGAUAGAAAACCCCGAGUCUUGCGUCAUGUGCAGUGCUUCCCCCUCACCCAAGCUCCGACUACCGCAGCCCCACACGCCCUCCUCUUGCCUACUAGCUACAACAUAUAUGCUCGCCCUCCGCUCCCUCCGUCCAUUUACAACCCCAUUACGAAUACCAUUAAACUCCGUCUCGAAGUUCCAACCACGCACAAUGGCAUCGUCUACCAGUGCUCCAUUGCAAGAAUGGCUCGUCAUUGUACCUGACCAUGCGGGUGCGCUGCAGAAGCGUCUGGGGAGCAGGCCAAAACAUCUCGAGGGGUUGCAAGCUGAUAGGGAUGACAUGUGGUUGUGGGGUGGUACGUUUCUUCUCCAUCCAUUGUUUCGUCCAUUCCUCUUCGAAGCUAAUAUUGUAUCUGUCGCAGGAGCCAUGCUCGAAGAACCCAUCAAAGAAGGCGACACAAACCCUCCUAAGAUGAAAGGCUCAGCGUGCCUAAUUGGUGCCAAGACGAGAGAGGAGGUUGUGGAGAGGUUGAAGCAGGACGUUUAUGUCAAGGACGGUGUGUGGAACUUGGAGGAAGUGCAGAUUAUUCCGUUCAAGAGUGCGAUUAGGAAGGCUUUCAAGCUCGUCCAAGGCCCAAUAGCGACCAUCACUAUCAAGCCAUCCGGCGCCGUCUACCGCAUCCACAAGGGCCUCGUCUGCUUCUACUCAGCCUACAUCGAGCGCGCACUAGAUAUCCAGGGUGCUGACGAGUCAACUAUCGAUGAAGACGUCAGUGAAUCCACCAUGAAACUCUUCGUCGACUGGCUUUAG